AUGCCUGCCAAUACACUCAAAUCAAACGAAAAAAAUGAUUCGGCUGAUAAAAAGAACAAAUCAAACAAAAAAUCUGCUGAUAAACCUGUCGAUAAAUCAAUUGAUAAAUCUGCCGGCAAAACUGUAAAACCGACAAAUAGAUCAGCCAAUAAGAUCGACAAACCAACUGGUAAAUCGGCCAAUAACAAUAAAUCGGCCGACAAAUCAACUGACAAAUUAACUGACAAAUUAACUGACAAAUUAACUGACAAAUCAACUGGUAAAUCGACCGGCAAAUCGACCGGUAAAUCAGCCGAUAAAUCAACUGAUAAAUCAGUUGAUAAACCGGCCAAUAAAUCAACAAGUAGGAUGAAUACAUCAGUAGACAAAAAGAAAUUUAAUCAAUGUGUUGCGCACAUUUAUGGAGGGUCCAUUAUUAGAUCAAGUCGUUCGUAUAUUUUUCCUGUAGAAGACGGUAAUGUUGCCCAAUAUGUGAUUGACAAUCUUGUCAAAUAUUAUGGUUCGGACGUCGGUUGCCAAUAUGUUGAUUGCGAAGAUGCCAAAAAAACUUUCAAGAUGGUGAUUGAAGAGGCCAAAGAAAGAGGAUAUAGUACUGAUAAAUAUUGUGAAAAUAUUGUAAAAUGCAAUGUUGGUGAAGUUUCAAAACUUCUAAAGUUUGUUUCAAAUGCCAAAGUCGCCCAUGUUAUAAAACUCGGACUUAGUGAAGGAAAAACAAAAAAAAAUAAAAGGGUUCCUAAAGAUAAUGGUAAUAAUGUCGAUGAUUCUGAUGCCGACUGUGAAACUGUUACGCAUGCACACGAAACAAAAUCUUCAACUAAUUCGAAAAAUAAAAAUGUAAUAAGCGAGGAGACAGACAACACUGGUGACGAUGCUAAUUCUGACGACGAUGUCAAUUCUAACGAUGAUGCUAAUUCCGAUGAUGAUGCCGAUUCCAACGACGAAAAUGACAAUGCCUCAAAUAAUGACGAUGCUUCUAAUAAUGGUGCUGAUUCAAAUGAUGACGAUAAUGGUUCUGAUUUUGAUGCUGGUGCUGGCGCUGAUGCUGAUGAUGCUAAUGCUGAUGCUGAUACUGAUGCUGAUGCUGAUGCUGAUGCUGAUGUUAAUGUCGAUGCCGAUCCCAAUUCUGAUGACGAUAUUUCCAAUGCUGACGAAGAUGAAGAUGACGUCGAACCGGUUAGGAAUACUUCACGAAAAAACGAAGUAAAACAGCCUAAAAAUUCGCCACAAAAACAAGCAACUGAAGGAAAAGGAAAAGGCAAAGGCAAAGGCAAAGGCAAAGACAAAGACAAAGGCAAAACAAAAAAGCAGUAA